AGAUUGCCCAGUUACAUCAAAACGGAAAACGGGGGACGGAAAGUGUAGUGAUGAUCAUGGCGUAUAUUGGUCCCCCACGCACAUCGAAAUGCGAGCCAAGGAAGCAAACCAGGAAUGACAUCGCCACGUUUAGCUCUUCCCCCACAUCUAUGUGAAUCACCAAUCCCCAAACCCUUUCCAUUCUCAGUAAUGCCUUUCUUCUCUGCUUCUCUAUCCACACAUUAGCCCUGUGCUUAUUUUCUGUUUAGGUUCUUUAUAUCUAGAGCUAAGCUAAUCCUGCAACUCAGAUCGGACUACAAUGGCGAGAGGUAAGAUCCAGAUCAAGAGGAUAGAGAACGUGACGAACAGGCAGGUCACCUACUCCAAGAGAAGGAACGGUCUCUUCAAGAAGGCCAAUGAGCUCACUGUUCUCUGUGAUGCCAAGGUUUCUCUCCUCAUGGUUUCCUCCUCCGGAAAGCUUCAUGAGUUCAUUAGCCCCUCCACCACGACAAAGCAAGUGUACGAUGAGUACCAGAAGCUUCUUGGAAUCGACCUUUGGAAAUCGCACUAUGAGACGAUGCAAGAAAAUUUGAAGAAGCUGAAAGAGACUAAUAAGAGUCUGAAGAGGCAGAUCAGGCAAAGGCUGGGCGAGUGUUUGAACGAUCUGAGAUUUGCUGAUCUGCUCAGUCUUGAGAAAGAAAUGGAAACCGCUGUAGAAGUUGUUCGUCUUCGCAAGGAGAAGCUGAUCAUGAAUCAGAUUCAAACCAAGACGAAAAAGAUUCGGAAUGCAACAGCGUGUAACAACAGACUCUAUGAAUUUGAUAUGGAUGAUCCGCACUAUGGACUGGUUGAAGAUGGAGUGGAAUAUUAUGAUUCUGCAGUCAUUGGCUAUUCAGCAAAUGAACACCCUCACAAUGUAUUUCCUUUAAGGCUGCAACCUUCUCAUCAUCAUCAUCCUAAUCUUCACCAUGGAGGAGGAGGAGGUUCAGAUCGUACGACCUACACCCCCUUGCUUUGAUCGAGUAUCAUUCAAGGAAGUUGAUCGAUCCCAAUAACAGGUCGAAAACAUUAAUCUUUGCCGCAAUGAAGUUCAAAACUGUGGUGGAGUACUAUGCAUUCUAUGUAUUGAUAUUAGAAGACGAAAUUAAGCUGUUUAGCUAGCUAGUAGUAGAUGUUAUCUUAAGGGAUGCUUGGCUGGUUGAGAUCGAUGCGUGUAGAGUACUGUACUGUGUCCAUGACAUUCUGAUUGAUCCCGGCAUGUCUUUUGUUCUUUGAUUGCGAUCUGUUUGCUAUAACAGUAGAUUUGAUUGAAGACUUCUGAU